AUGCUAACUUGGGAGAAGAACCCAGUUAGGCUUGCACGCAACACCACCGUGAAGAAAACGCUACCUUUCAUUACAUUCCUCAUCAUCGUAUUAUGUCAGGUCACAAUGGUCAUCUCUAAGGAACAGAAGAAGGUUGUGCCAGGUUCAGACGCAGAUUGCCUCUUGAGAUUCAAAGGCACAUUAACAAAUGCUUCUGUCAUUAGCAGUUGGGAUCCUUCAACCGCUCCUUGUAAGCGAAACUCCCCGAACUGGUUUGGUGUUCUCUGUUUCACCGGCAAUGUUUGGGGUCUACAACUCGAAGAUAUGGAUUUAACCGGGAAGCUAGACCUUGAACCGUUGGCUCCCCUCAAGAAUCUACGAACCUUAAGCUUCAUGAACAACAAUUUCAAUGGUCCAUUGCCAUCCGUCAAGAGACUCGUUUCCUUGAGGUCAUUGUACUUGUCUAACAACUGGUUUACAGGGGAGAUACCUGCGGAUGCGUUUGAUGGUAUGAAUCAUUUAAAGAAGCUUUUGUUGGCUAACAACGCGUUUCGUGGGAAAAUCCCUUCUUCUUUAGCUUCUUUGCCAUUGCUUUUAGAGGUGAAGCUUAAUGGUAAUCAGUUUCAAGGGAACAUACCUGAUUUUAAACAGAAGAAUCUCAAGUUAGCUAGCUUCGAGAACAAUGACCUCGAGGGACCUAUACCCCAAAGCCUACGAGACAUGGAUCCUGGCUCCUUUACAGGGAACAAGGCCUUGUGUGAUCCUCCAUUAGUCUCAUGCUCAGCGGCUUCAUGGUCUAUUCCGGAUCCUCCUCCUCCUAGUUCCACGGAGAAAGACAAGAUCCAAACUAUGUUCACGGUUGCAAUCAUUUUGAUUGUCAUUGGGAUAGUACUACUAAUCAUCUCGCUUGUGGUUUUUCUUCUUCAAAACAGAAGACGGAAGGUCUUGUCGGCUUGUCCAUCUGCGGGACAAGACAGGAUAGACAAGUACCAUUAUGAUCAAUCCGUGCACACGGAGAGAGCUUCGGAGUCUGUUACUAGCUACACUAGUAGGAGAGGAGGAGGAGCAGUACCGGAUCAAGGGAAACUCCUGUUUCUGCAAGAGGACAUUCAAAGAUUCGAUCUUCAAGAUCUUCUGAGAGCUUCUGCUGAAGUUCUUGGGAGUGGUAGCUUUGGUGCUUCUUACAAAGCCGGGAUAAAUAGCGGAAAGACUCUGGUCGUGAAGAGGUAUAAACAUAUGAACAAUGUCGGAAGAGAAGAGUUUCAUGAGCAUAUAAAACGGUUAGGGAGACUGAGUCAUCCGAAUCUGUUGCCUAUUGUGGCUUACUAUUACCGUAGAGAAGAGAAGCUCUUGAUCGCUGAGUUCAUGCCUAACCGUAGCUUGGCAAGACAUCUUCACGCUAAUCAUUCUGUGGAUCAACCUGGAUUGGAUUGGCCAACAAGGCUAAAGAUUAUACAAGGAGUGGCUAAGGGUUUAGGUUACUUGUUCAAGGAGCUACCAACACUGACAAUCCCUCACGGUCAUCUCAAGUCAUCAAAUGUGGUACUUGACGAAUCAUUUGAGCCUCUCUUAACGGACUACGCGCUAAGACCGGUGAUGAACUCAGAGCAGUCUCAUAACCUAAUGAUCGCAUAUAAAUCGCCAGAGUACAGCUUAAAGGGACAAAUAACUAAGAAGACUGAUGUGUGGUGCCUCGGGGUUUUGAUCUUGGAGCUGCUAACGGGUAGGUUUCCCGAGAAUUAUCUAAGACAAGGGUACGAUGCUAACAUGAGCCUUGUAACUUGGGUGAGUAACAUGGUGAAGGAGAAGAAAACGGGUGACGUGUUCGACAAGGAAAUGACUGGGAAAAAGAACUGUAAAGCAGAGAUGCUAAGCCUCUUGAAAAUUGGGUUGAGCUGUUGUGAAGAGGAUGAAGAGAGGAGGAUGGAGAUGAGAGAUGCUGUGGAGAAGAUUGAGAGGUUAAGAGAAGGACAAGAGUUGGAUGGUGAUUUUGCAGGUUCAACGCCCAAUGUCUUUGCUUCUCGGUUAAUAGACGAUGAUGACUUUGGUUUUGCGAUGAAUCGAUGA